AUGAGGGAUAAUGAAAAGGCCUGGUGGCAGCAGUGGACCUCCCAUACAGGCCUCGUGGGGUGGGGCGGGACUCAGGAGGACCGUAUGGGGUUUGGAGGGGCAGUAGCUGCACUGAGGGGCCGCCCCUCUCCCCUGCACAGUACCAUUCACGAGUCCUACGGCCGGCCAGAGGAGCAGGUGCUCAUCAACCGCCAGGAAAUCAUGAACAAAGCGGAUGCCUGGGACAUGCAGGAGUUCAUCACUCGCAUGUACAUCAAGCAGCUGCUCCGACACCCCGCUUUCCAACUGCUGCUGGCCCUGCUGCUGGUGAUGAACGCCAUCACCAUCGCUCUCCGUACCAACUCCUACCUGGACCAGAAACACUAUGAGUUGUUCUCUACCAUAGAUGACAUUGUGCUGACCAUCCUUAUCUGUGAGGUUCUCCUCGGCUGGCUCAACGACUUCUGGAUUUUCUGGAAGGACGGCUGGAACAUCCUCAACUUCAUUAUCGUCUUUGUCUUGCUCUUGCGGUUCUUCAUUAAUGAAAUCAAUAUUCCCUCCAUCAACUACACUCUCAGGGCACUUCGUCUGGUGCAUGUCUGCAUGGCAGUGGAGCCCCUCGCCCGGAUCAUCCGCGUCAUCCUGCAGUCGGUGCCUGACAUGGCCAAUAUCAUGGUCCUCAUCCUCUUCUUCAUGCUGGUUUUUUCUGUGUUUGGGGUAACACUCUUUGGUGCAUUCGUGCCCAAGCAUUUCCAGAACAUACAGGUUGCGCUGUACACCCUCUUCAUCUGCAUCACCCAGGACGGCUGGGUGGACAUCUACAGUGACUUCCAGACAGAGAAGAGGGAAUAUGCAAUGGAGAUUGGGGGUGCCAUCUACUUUACCAUCUUCAUCACCAUCGGUGCCUUCAUUGGCAUCAACCUGUUCGUCAUCGUGGUGACCACCAACCUGGAGCAAAUGAUGAAGGCAGGAGAGCAGGGACAACAGCAACGAAUAACCUUUAGUGAGACAGGCGCAGAGGAAGAGGAGGAGAAUGACCAGCUGCCACUGGUGCAUUGUGUGGUCGCCCGCUCGAAGAAAUCUGGUCUCCUCCAGGAACCCCUUGUGGGAGGUCCCCUGUCGAACCUCUCAGAAAACACGUGUGACAACUUUUGCUUGGUGCUUGAGGCAAUACAGGAGAACCUGAGGCAGUACAAGGAGAUCCGAGAUGAACUCAACAUGAUUGUGGAGGAGGUGCGCGCAAUCCGCUUCAACCAGGAACAGGAGACAGAGGUGUUGAAUAGGCGCUCGUCGACGAGCAGGUCGUUGGAGACUACGUCAUCCAAGGACCUCCGCCAGAUGUCUCAACAGCAAGACUUGCUCAGUGCCCUCACUAACAUGGAAAAGGUUCAUGACUCUAGCUCACAAAUACUCCUUAAAAAACACAAGAGCAGCCACUGAGAGGCCAGGAUGGGAGCCAAGGGGCCUGCACACACACACCCA